ACAUUGUCAAUUUUACCUAAUGUCGAAUUUAUAAUGAUUAUGUGAAUGAAAUCAUUAAAGUAAUUAUUUUAAAUUAAAUUUCGGAUUUUUGUUUAUUUCGGUUUAUUGAAAAUGGCAGUGUUUGACGUAUUUAAUCCGUUACAAAAUAUUACCCCUCGAUUUACAGAAGAGCAACUAAAUGAAAUUGUUGAAUUUUUCGAUACUAAUGCGAAACCUCUACUUGUGAUAAAUGAUGGAGAACCAAUAAAUGUAAUAAGCAUUGAACAAGUAAUAGAUUUUUUGAAUCUGAAGAAAUUUCAUAGAAGAUCGUUUCAUUACCCAACUUAUGGCGAAAUAAUGACUGAGGCGGAUAAUCUCAAAGCAGGAUACCUACGAAUAGUGACCAAAGAACAGUUUAUAUAUAUGUUGAAUAAAUGGGUACUCGAAACUACAUUGAAACAUGAAUUGACUCUAGCUUUCAAGAUUUUCGACACAGAGAAACGGGAUUUCCUCGAAAUAGAAGAUAUCCAAAGUAUCGUUCAAGGUUAUGGGGAUAUAUACACUGACGAAGAAACAAGAGAAAUGUUACGGGAUGCCAAUGUUAGGGGAGACGGAAAUGUCUUCUACGAGGAUUUCAUCGAAAGUUUGUUUAGUGUUGCUCCUCAGAUGAAUAAUGCUAAGAUUAAUUACCUAUAUGAAGAUCCAGAUGAAGACCCAUCAGUUCCACCCGAGCCUAUUAUAGAAGAGCCACCUGAAGAACCACCACCGCCGCCGCCUCCUCCUCCUCCUAAAAAAAAAGAAGCGAAAAAGAAAAAUAAAUAAACAUCACUCAACACUACUUUCACAACUUUUUUAUUAUGCCUUAUAAUGUUGUUUUGUUUUCGUAUAAGGUCAUCGUAAUGUUCGUUGUAAACAUUGGUUCUUACAUGUCAAAAUGUUAUUGUACCUACCUAAAUUUUAAAUUUACUAAUACAAUCGAUUUUUUUAAUGA